AUGACCCUGAGAAGUGGCAGCGGGCAGGCUUGCGCAGCGUGCAAGUUCCAGAGGCGGAGGUGCACCCCCCAAUGCCUCCUUGCACCCUUCUUCCCAGCCGAUCAACCUCACGUGUUCCAAAGUGUUCACAGGCUGUUCGGCGUCAAACACAUACAGAAACUGCUCAAGGAGCUCCACCCUGAUCAGAGACUCAUGGCCAUCAAGUCCGUCAAAUUCCACGCUGCAAUGCGUGAGAGGAACCCCGUCUACGGAUGCUUGGUCGAAGUUCAGAAUCUCGCUUCUCAGGUUCAGCUAGCUGAGGAGGAACUCCAUGCAGUCCUGCAACAAUUAUUUUACUAUCGCCAGCAGCAACAACAACAACAACAACAACAAGACACGUCGCCAGGAGAUGAUUACCUCUCACAAUUGCAGUUAGGCAUGGCGCCUCCUGGGAACACGGCCAUGGCCGCGCUUGUCCAGCAAGACGGCCAAUCAGAGUAUAAUAACCUUGUGGCAACACAAGCCUCUUCUGGUUCCAACAAUGUCAAUGUCAAUGUUGAUUCGUUGUUGAUGCAAAAGACGUGUAGCUAUAGCAACAACAACAACGACUACCACAACAAUAUCAAUUCAAUUGUGAUGCAAUCACACAUGACUACUUCACAAACUAUGCCUAAUGUCCCACAAGACUACAAUGAGAUGUAUUCAUUUUUUGAUAAUAUUGAUGACAGGCAAUCUUACGUUGGCCCCAAGGAAGUAUACGAAUCCAGUUUGGACUCGUCGGUUAGAGAUUGCACACAGUCUGACGAGCACAUGGCAGAGAAUGAACUGAAGAACGCUGCAGCAUGCUUUAGCCUUACAAGCUUCAACUAAUAACAUCAAAAUGGUGGUAAUUCAAGGAAAGAGGCUUGGCCGAUUGGAAGCCAUAUUUAUUUUCUCAAUCACACACAACUUUCAUAAAGUAAGCAUCAAUAGUACAUUUUACUGUUUUCUCUAUUCUCUAAGU